GUAAGCGUCAGGCCUGAUGGGGGGGGUCGGGGGUCCGGACCCUCCCCCCCUGGAUCCGCCACUGAAUUCUGCCUGAGUACAACCCUCCUUCCUUAACGAUCACAGCACCGAGAACAUUUUUUAGCUUUAAUUAGCUUAUUGCGUACAUGUGUAGUAAAUCGGCAGUCUUACUGUAGGCCGUAUAACACCGAGAAUGGGGAGUGCUCCGGUAUGCGUAAUACCUGUGACACGAGAGGAAAAACUUGCGUACAACCUUUCUUAAAAACAAUUUCUUUGCAUUUCUUCGGACUGCAAGACAUACCGUUAUUGCCGGACCACACCAUAAACUGUUAAACUAGUGCCUCAGAUCUAUCAGACGUAUUGUACACGGUGGGAUGUUACAUAAGAAUCAUUUGCAUGUUUUACUAACAUCAGCCCAUCUAAGAGGUUAUAGGUUAGAAGUUUGUUUAACCACUACUUUCACUGUACAUUCAGUGGUGUUGCGUGGGUCUCUUUCCCCUUAAUACCAGUUACUGUCUUUCAUAAAUUCGUUUUCUCUUUCAAAACCGAUCUGCACGCUGCUAUAUUUUCUUUCGCUCAGAAAAUCAGAUUUAAAGUAUCUUUUUGUUGACGUCUCGGUUUUUGUUAACUAAUCAGUUGAGUGUCGUAAAUUGGUUAUUAUCGCAAUUGUUUACCAUCGUUUUCCCGCGUUUUUGGUACUUUGCUCGUUUCACUUUGGCGAACAGUGUUUUGAAACGCUACUAGUCUGGAGGAAAAAUUUCCAGUGAGAACAAAAACUCAGUGACACAGCUGUCAAUUUAAGAUGAAUCAACAUUAAUGUUUGUCGGCUUAUGUUCAAGACACGUCCUUUUAAACAUUUCUAAAACAUCUAACUUUAAAUUACCCAACUUUAUUUAGAAGUUUCAUCAGGAGGUUAAUGUCCGAAUAUCUUUAAUAGCUAACCUUCUGCUAUUUGAUGGAACAUGAUAUUGAAAAGUAUCAAACUGCUUCACAUAUUACGGACUUGAAAUGUAGGGAGGUUUUUCAUAGGCGGGUGGAAAUGUGUGAAAUACGUCAGCUGCUCUGUAUUUCGCGAUGAAAAUUCACCUGAUUUCCACAUAAGGCUCUGUAAUUUUCUGAUGAUCCCAAUCUCAUCGGCAGUUACUAAGCAGCCAAUUUUCUGUGGUCCCCCCUUACACUCUGUUAGCGACUUAUGUCCCCCCUGACUGGUCCCUUGUAAAGAAAGAUAUCUUUUACUAUCUUGUCUCGAGCACGGGACAAAGAAGAAAUUCUGAGGAAUCGAACCUCAGACGUGGAUUCCACGCUGUGAUGCCCUACCAAUGAAUCACAUAGACUCUGCGCCGACGAGGAACACCACCGCUAGUGCCAAAUCUGACGUGUGUCUUGGUACAGUUAGAAUUGUCAAUGUCGGAAGCCUCGUGCUAUCCCAUCAUCAAAGAUGGUGAAUUUUAAGAUCGGUAGCGAAAUAAAGAUGGAUGUUCAUUCGUUAUUUCUCGUGCAUUAUUGUUUCGAAAGAGCGAGGUUACCUUUGAGGUUGGGUCCGAAUCAAAUCAUGUCAACAAAUUAACUACUACUGAUCAAAAGUUUUAGAAAAGACUGUCAGAUUGAUUUUAGUAAGAAAAGUAAACAUAUCUAAAACACUGGCUGAAUGAAAAACCGAACCCCCAAAAAAAGUCGGUCGCGUGCAUGUCUCAAUAUUCCCCCCGCUGUGAUGUCAGCAACAAUACUUAAGCAGUUCAUCACCUUGUGAUAAUCAGUCUGAGCCUUUUUUUUUCUUUUUCUUUUUUGUGGUUUGCUUCGAUCUCGGCCUAAUAGAACGAACGAAACGGUGAGCAUUGAGGAGAAAAAUGUACACUGGCUUCGCAAUCUUUUUCUCUGUAUUAAUAUUUAUUAACCUGGUGGGAAACACCCUCGUAAUUCUCGCAGUUAGCCUAAACAAGGCCAUGAGAUCUCCAAUCAACUACCUGUUGAUCAACCUGGCAACCGCUGACAUGAUUGUGGCAUUGUUUAUUGGAAUACCAUUCGUCGUCACACCUACCCUCACCCACCCCGAGGGGAAAUCAGGCGACAUCCUCUGCAAGCUGUUCACUGGGGGUAACGUGGGAUGGGUAGGUGCGCUGGCUUCAGUUUUCACUCUGGUGGCUGUCGCGAUUGAGCGUUAUGGCGCUGUGUUGUAUCCACAUAGCCAGAAAGGAAAACUAACAAAAACCAGAUUAACAAUCCUCAUUGCCACUUGCUGGACGCUUUCUGCUUUGUGGGCUAUCCCAGGGUUCAAUGCCGUGACGUACAUCUCGGAUAUAAAAAGCUGCGGGCAUAGCUGGUCUAAGCCAAUCUAUGCACACUUCUACACGGUUGGGUGGUCUGUGGUCGCCGGUGUCAUUCCUAUAGGAAUAUUGGGAGCACUGUACUCGAGAAUGGUGUACCACCUAUGGCUCAGAAAGGAUAACAUUAGAGAAGCGACCCAGAAAGCUUUGAAACGCCACCGGAAACGCGUCACAAAGAUGGUCGUUGUCGUGACGGUUAUUUACGUUUUGUGCUGGGUUCCUGAACUGUUAAUAUACUUUCUGGGUUUUACCGGCACCAUUACUCUUGUAGGGGUCCAUCACACGAUUGCUUCAGCCUUAAUUGUCUUCAACUCCAGCGUGAACCCGAUUGUGUACAGCUUACAAAGCAGUCAGUUCAGGAAGCACUUGACCGAUUUGAUUUGCUGCAAGCGGAACAGGGUGGCACCCAUGAGUUCUAAUGCUACAGCAAGCACAGGAAAACGACAAGAUUUGGAAAUGGAAGGGGAAAUAAACAUGACAAGACAUCCAAGUCAAGACGUGGAGUCAGUGAAGGUGACGUAGAGCAUUUUGGUACGAGACACUAUUACCAUGAGAAACAGGGAAACCAGGAUGACCGCGAUGACCACGGUUCAAAUUGGGAAGCUUGUUCUCAGUCUAAGAAGGAAAGAGGCUGAAAAUGGAAAAUGAAUGAGUUACCCACAGAAUAUUGCCCAGGACAAAAGAGCGGACUUUAUAUUUGUUUCAAUAUUACACACUCGAACUUUUAUCAUUAGCAUUCAUUGCUUCAUUGUGAAGAUAAACAAUUCUCUGUUUUCCUGGUUUUUAUUCUUU